ACCAUUUAAACGAUAGCAUGUUCCCUUCCGGAAGAAUAUCUUUGACGCACUGUCCAUCGCUAAAUGAGUCCCCGUUGUUUGGAUCUGUAAAACAUCUAGCAUGGGGGCCCUCGUGAGGACGUCGUCAUCUCUUGCAUCCUAGGACUUGAACGCAAUGUCCUGCUUUAUACUGUCAGGAAUUGUCGGCGCCUGCCGUCCUCGCCCAUGGACUCACUGCCACCUGCUCUGCCUCCCGGUUGCUUACUGCGCCCACUCUAAGCCAAGGUCACAUCGCCAGCUGCAUGUGAAUACUACAUACUUCACAUCCAGCAAUAUUGGGGCCGCCUGGAGCUCUGGCCAUGGCCCGGUGUUCUGCAGAGCAUUGGCCUACGGAGACAGGCUGGCCAUCGUCGACGACAGUGGCCGUCACAGCUACAAGCAACUGUACGGCUGCAGCCAGGGCCUCGCACAUCUAUUAAGCUCUGCCCUCCUUGGCUUUAGCCACGGUGACCUGCAAGGGAAACGUAUUGCCUUCCUGUGUGCCAACGAUGUGUCAUACACGGUGGCCCAGUGGGCCGUGUGGAUGUGUGGAGGCGUGGCUGUCCCACUCUACCACAAGCACCCGGCAUCCGAGCUGGAGUACAUCAUCUCAGACGCCCAGAGCUCCCUGCUGGUGGCUGGCCACCCCUACGCUGGCAAGCUACAGCCUCAUGCCGACAAGCUUGGGCUGCCCUGCAUUGCCCUCCCCUCUACCGCCGACCUAGGCUCACUAGAGCGGGCUGAGACCCCAGAGAUGGAGCUGAAUAUCACGGACUGGGGCCAGAGACCCGCCAUGAUCAUCUACACUAGUGGCACAACAGGCCGGCCCAAAGGAGUCCUACACACACAUAGCAGCAUUCAAGCUAUGGUCCAGGGCAUGGUCUCAGCGUGGGCGUGGUCCAAGGAUGACGUCAUCCUACACACCUUGCCCUUGCACCACGUGCAUGGCAUUGUGAACAAGCUGCUGUGCCCACUGUGGGUUGGAGCCACCUGCAUCAUGCUGCCAGACUUCCAGCCACACAAGGUUUGGGAGAGGCUAUUGAGCUCUGAGGCGCCAAGGGUAAACGUCUUUAUGGCCGUUCCCACUGUCUACUCCAAGCUGAUCCUCCACUACAAGCAGCAUCUGACACAGCCCAACGUCAGGGACUACAUCAGGGCUGUUUGUCAGGAACGCAUCAGGCUGAUGGUUUCCGGUUCUGCCGCUCUGCCCAUACCGGUUCUCCAGAGCUGGGAGCAGAUCAGCGGGCACACCCUGCUGGAGCGCUAUGGAAUGACGGAGGUCGGCAUGGCUCUGUCUAACCCCCUGCUGGGUCCCCGUACACCAGGUGCGGUUGGAGUUCCGCUACCUGGCGUAGAGGUCCGCAUCGUCCUUGAUAACGGUAGCAGCAUCAUCGUUGUUGCUGAAGGCAACCACAGAAACUGCCAGGUGUGUCCAGGUCUUGAGGGGAAGGAAGGCGAUCUGUUAGUCCGAGGUGAGACUGUAUUUAAGGAGUACUGGAACAAACCACAAGAGACCAAGGAGUCCUUCACGGCUGAUGGAUGGUUCAAAACAGGAGACACUGCGGUCUACAAGGACGGAGUGUACUGGAUCAUGGGCCGCACCAGCGUCGACAUCAUCAAAAGCGGCGGAUAUAAGAUCAGCGCCCUCGAUGUGGAGCGCCAACUAUUGGCCCACCCAGACAUUACAGAUGUGGCGGUGAUCGGUGUGCAGGACCAGACCUGGGGGCAGAAGGUCACGGCAGUGGUGGAGCUGGAGGGGGGGCACAGCAUGACGCUGGAUCAGCUCAAGGCCUGGGCCAGGGAGCACAUGGCCCCCUACACCAUCCCGACUUGUCUCCUGGUGCUCGACCAGAUUCCCCGGAACCAGAUGGGAAAAGUCAACAAGAAAGAGCUACUGCAACACUUCUUUCCCGGCUCCUAGACCCAUCACCGUGGCUUUUCUUACCAAGACAUGACCACCCCCCCUUCUCUUGGGUCUAUUCCCAUGACCCAGACACGCAUUCAUUAGAAUGCUAUUCGAUUUUAAAUUGUCAAAAUUUGUAUUAAAUAUGACAAUUAUGUUAAUUGUUCCACAAUGGGUGUGUGUGUGUGUGUGUGUAAGACUGCAUAGUCGCGUGUGUGUCCUGCCAUUUGCAGCUGUGGUUCAGCAGGUGCGAAAAGAACCUGAAGGCAGAUCCUCCUCAGAGAUCCUCUCUCCCUCUUUCUCUAUCUUUUUUUCUGUCCUUCUCUUUUGCUCUUUAUGUCUCGUCUCUCUUUUCAUCAGCCUCACGCAGCUCUUCACUAAAUCCAGGGCUCUGACAAGCAGCGACUCGUUCGAUUGGUAUGAACCCCAUUCAAAAGUCUGCAUCUAGCCAAGUAGCGGUACAGUCCAAAUGCAUUGGGGAGGUAACUUGUGAGGACUUGGGAAAAGCAAGUAUCCAAGAAUGCAUUUCACAACAACCAGCGGCACUACAUCAGGAGUUUGUACUCCUGAGUCAUACUUGCCAAGUACAGAGUAUGCAAGUCCGAACUUGCCGUAUUUGAUUUAGAGAGGCCCGGUAUCUCGUUCCAACCUGCGAUUGGUCCAAAAUAUCACAUGGUUACAGUAGGGUCUGGAUAGUGGGCUUUUUCCUAUUGUCAGACCCCCCAGGAUUUCGGGAUGUUGCGAUUCGCAACUUCAACGCAACAUCCAUCAUUCACCGCAAAUUCAGGGCGGUGUCGCAAUUUUAACCAACCACCGCAACUUUCCCGCAAAUUUGACCAAUCAGUGGCGUCGUCUUGAACUGACGUCGACAAACUACCUUAUGCUUACUUCCGUGUUUACUACUUCAAGUGAUUGAAGCAUUCAUGCAGCAUGUGCGUGUCCAACGUUUCACACUUGCCGCCAAAAUAACUGCGAAAGAUUGCGAAAAGCAGUAUCCUGCUUUCUACAUGAAAGCGAGGGGAAAUUAUUUUGCACUGCAUUCAACAUUGUGGUGGAACAUAAGCGGAAAUCUUCCAUUGAUUUUUUUUUUUUUUGAUCCAUUGCAUUUUGCCACUGCGAAACAUAACUACAGAACUGCAGAACUGCAGGCAGGACGUCAGACGACGAGGCAGAUCACUAUGACACAGGCUGUUGCAUCCAAGUCAAUUGCCAGUGCGGACAGAAUCAAGAAUAAAUUAUUCAUAGGACCAUUUCUCAGUGUUUUUUUCUUUUAAUUAAUGUUUUUUCAGUAAUAACUUGAUAUUUAAUAAUUACUCAGGGAAAAUUGCAGUAAUAACUUAAUAUUUAACAUUAGGAAAAUCACAACUUUUAUUGCAACUUUCACUUCCUCUAGCACUGUAAUCGCAACAAAAACCUUAAAAACACGCAACUUUCAUCGCAACUUUAUGGAAAAGCUCACGCAACAGCAGGCAUUUUAGGCCGCAACAAUCUCAAAAAAGGCCCGCGAAAUCCUGGAGGGACUGUAUUGUUCAGGCAUGGCAAAGCAAGAGCAAAUGUUGCUGAAUUAAAUAAUUAGAUGACAUACAUGUACCUUUCAUAGUCUUUCACAAAGAUAGGCAGAAUUAUUGCUAAAGCUAGCAAGCUAGACAGGAGUUUUUGGGGAGGGGCUUUGGUGGGAGGCUUGAUAGGAGGGAUUGGGAUUUUCCCGGUUCGAUUCUUUCAAAAAUGUUUCUCCCAAUUGCCUGACCUAGCUUUAUAGUCACGUAACAAUGUUUCUUAAUGCACAAGAUGUCCUCGGGCAAUGAAUGUAAUUUUUGUCAUGUCGUAUGUUAUAUACAUGGAGUCUGAGAUCAAUAAAUUGUAGAUUACUAUUUAAUUCAUGUAUGCAUUCACAACCCAAUGUAUGUGGGUGGUUCUUUUGCUCUUUGUAUGCAGUGACUGAGCAUAACGGAGGACAAUAAUGCCCAAUCCCAAUUCACUUCUUGCCUUACCACUUACCCCUACCCCUCUGUUUGAGGGGUAGGGCUAGGAAGUUAGGCUACAUCGCCAUCCAAAAGUCUUACAAAACAUCGGCAAUACAGUGGCGAAUGCCGCACCAGCAACCAAAGAAAACAACAAAUGUAUUUAAAAAUCACUACAGCUGCAGAUGGCAUUGUUUGAUUCAAAAUGUCUGUCAACUAUGGAAGGACAUUAGUGCAAAUAACCUCUGGCAGCUCGGCCCCGCCACGCAUGGCCUCGAGUGUCCCUUGCCUACCAUUCACUCAUUAUUUGAUGCAUGCUCGCGCAGGGCAAGGGAUUGUGGAAUGGCUUGCAUGCGGGCGGGGGAUUGCGGCACGUUGAAAGGGGAGGGAGAAAGUUACAUUUAUGCAAAUGAAUGGGUCUUGCAGUGGUAAACUACUACAAGCAACCACUAGGAAGGGGGUGGGGAGUUGCCACGCGUUCUCGAAAAGGAGACCACGCUUUUUAUGGGCCCGAGUUUAUAGAAAUGUUGCCUAAACACAACCAAAGUAUGCGUGUUAACAGGUAAUAUUUGGAAAUGGCAACGCAACAAAAAUCUACAUUAACGUGGAUUUUAUGAUCGAGGCCAAUGAUGGACCUUAACACAUAGCACAUUUAGGAAAUGUUUUUCAACUGGCAACAUCGGACUAUCCAGGCAGCUUUAUAAUGGCUCAGCCUUUAUAACCCCUCCAAAAGUCUUAUAGUGCCUCUCAUUCGCAUUGUAUUCGACUCGUGGUCGCGUGGGGCAAGGAAUUCUGGGAAGGCACGUGUGAGGGAGGCUGAUCGCAGCGCAUGUAGAGGGGAGGGACAGAAGUUGAACUUCAGUUAACGAUUGGACCAUCGACAUUGAGUGUAUACUAGAGGACCUUACGGACUCGCAGUGGAUUUUAAUUUCCUGGUUUUAAGCACUUCCAUCAACAAAGACGUAAUCUCCCCCAAACAGCCACUAGAGAGAAUGCGGGGCCUUGACAUGCUCUGUCAUUUGCGAUUGAACACACCAAAAUAAGACCCGACGUGUUAACAUGUCCAUUAUUUUUGCAAUAACAUGUCAAAUUCUAACAUGUUAUAUUAGGUCCUGUUGGAGGACAAAAUUUCAAGAAUGUUAAUUGCGCUUAUGGCCUUCCAUAGUUAACAAACUCGUCACAUGGCUGCAUAAUCAACAUAGAUGACUACUGCUUACGUAACAGGGCUUCCAAGGGUCGUCCCCCUUCACAGCGGAAGAUUUCUUUCACAUGUCGAAAAGCGAGGUACACUCGGAAAAAGGAGGGGGAGAAAUGACCAACACCCAUGGUGGGGAGAACGAUCGCAAGUAACCCCCCCCCCCCAUCCUCACCCAAACUCCACCUUACCAGACAAUGAAAUGCUAUCACACACCCGCACAUUUAGACACACACACACGUCACGCCUACAUACAAGUGUGCAAACAUGCACAUGCGUGCACGUUGGUGGGCCUGCAGCCACCAGAGAGCUGAUUAAGAGCAGAGGUAUCGAUCGGUGGGCUGGCAGGUGGCGAUGGAUGAGGCAGCAGGAGAACCAGAGACGCCCACAGACCCCCACAUAAAUACCCCCACGUUGCCUGACCCCCAGCCCAGUGAAAGACCGGGCCAGCUGGGGUGAAGGGUCCUGGGCCCUGGGGUAAUGGGAGAACCUACG